AUGGAAUACGCCAGCCCAAUACGCCGGAUGUUCGCCACCAUUCUUGACGGUAUUCUAUUUUUCCUCACGCUGAUUAUUGGCUAUAUCAUCUGGUGGUUGAUCGUUUUGGGACGUGGGCAGACUCCCGGCAAGCAGCUGUUGGGUAUCCGGGCGGUGAAACGCGACGGCGGUCCGGGCGGCUGGGGCACCACCUUCGUGCGUGAGGUGGUCAAGGUUGUAGCCCACUCGUUCGUCAUCGGCUUCUUCGCCGAUGCGAUUCUGCUACUGAUCGACGACGACGAGCACCGCUCGCUGUCGGAUCGGCUGGCCGAUACGGUAAUCGUGCGCAACACGCAACGCAUCGUCUAG